CCCUCUCAGCGCCCGCCCCUUAAAGGCAGGUAUCCGCCGCAGCCGUUACAGCCCGCACGCCUAGAGGAGGUGGAAAGCGGCGCGCGCCAACGAGGGAGGGAGUGACUGAGGGGAGGGUUAACCCUUCCCUUGCCGCAGACUCCAACUGGGAGAGACUGAGAGAAAGAGACAGCCAGGCCGGCCAGGCGCCCGGUGCAUUGUGGGACUGGCUGGCUGGGGCUUCAAAAAGAAGAGAGAGAGAAAAAAAAGGGCGGAGGGGAGCCCCGUUGGCGAGGCGGACGUGCUCUUCGACUCAAGAAAGAAAGAAGGCCAGCCCACGUUUGGCUGUCCCCAAAGCACAGCCAAGAAGCAGGGUUUGGCAUCGUUUACAUGAUGAUAUGAGAAGGUGCCAUAGGCCUUUUUGCUGCCUGGCCAAUGGUUCUCCAUGGGGCACUAGUUCAGCUUGUCCUGUCAAUGACAUUAGAAGAUUUGUAAAAAAGUGGCACACCGGUCUGAGGAUAAGUGUCCGGAAAACACACCACUGCAUUUCUAAAAGAAGACGAAAAGCUGCUGAUACUUAAUUUUAUGAGCAUCAUGUCUGUUCGGGAGUCAUUUAAUCCAGAAAGCUAUGAACUCGACAAGAGCUUUCGGCUCACCCGAUUUACAGAACUUAAAGGCACUGGUUGUAAAGUGCCCCAGGACGUUUUGCAGAAAUUGCUUGAAUCUCUACAAGAAAAUCACUUCCAAGAAGAUGAACAGUUUCUGGGAGCUGUCAUGCCAAGAUUGGGAAUUGGAAUGGAUACUUGUGUUAUUCCUUUGAGACAUGGAGGCCUAUCUUUGGUCCAGACUACAGAUUAUAUUUAUCCUAUUGUGGAUGAUCCUUAUAUGAUGGGACGCAUAGCCUGUGCCAAUGUUCUUAGUGAUCUUUAUGCUAUGGGGGUCACUGAAUGUGACAAUAUGUUGAUGCUUCUUGGAAUAAGUAAUAAAAUGACAGACAGGGAAAGGGACAAAAUAAUGCCUUUAAUUAUCCAAGGAUUCAAAGAUGCUGCAGAAGAAGCAGGAACAUCAGUGACUGGUGGUCAAACAGUGUUAAACCCAUGGAUUGUUUUAGGAGGGGUAGCUACAACUGUUUGUCAACCUAAUGAGUUUAUAAUGCCAGAUAAUGCAGUACCAGGAGAUGUGCUUGUGUUAACUAAACCCUUGGGAACACAAGUUGCUGUAGCAGUUCACCAGUGGCUAGAUAUUCCAGAAAAAUGGAAUAAAAUUAAGUUGGUUGUAACACAAGAAGAUGUAGAACUAGCAUAUCAAGAAGCAAUGAUGAACAUGGCAAGACUCAACAGAACAGCUGCAGGACUGAUGCACACAUUUAAUGCUCACGCCGCCACAGACAUCACAGGCUUUGGAAUCCUGGGACAUGCACAAAAUCUCGCUAAGCAGCAGCGCAAUGAAGUGUCCUUCGUUAUACAUAACCUUCCUGUCCUCGCCAAAAUGGCUGCAGUUAGCAAGGCAUGUGGCAAUAUGUUUGGCCUUAUGCACGGGACCUGUCCUGAAACUUCAGGAGGUCUCCUUAUCUGUUUACCACGUGAACAAGCAGCACGUUUCUGUGCUGAAAUAAAGUCUCCAAAAUAUGGUGAAGGUCACCAAGCAUGGAUUAUUGGGAUUGUAGAAAAGGGCAAUCGCACUGCCAGAAUUAUAGACAAACCUCGAAUCAUUGAGGUUGCACCACAAGUGGCCACUCAGAACGUGAAUCCAACGCCUGGGGCGGUGUCUUAAUCUAGAGGAAAUAGCUUUUUUUUGUUUUUUGUUUUGUUUUUUAAAUAGAUCUAUUCCUUUAUCAUUUUACAGCCUAAAGAACUGUACAAUGAGAAGAAGAAACACAUUGUGUCUGCAAAUCUGGUGGCCUUAGGUCAGUUUGAAUGGAGCACGUUUAAUAAAAUAAAACCCAUUGCCUUUUUUCCUGUUACAUUAACUGAAGAUGCACCUAAUUUUGAGGCAGCUUCUGAGUUGAAAAUUAUAUUGUUAUCCAAUACUGUUGAUUCAUUUUGAAUCUUUAGACACUUAUCUCUUGCCGCAUUGGCUCUUUUUUUAAAAGGUGCUUUCACAUAGCACAAACAUUACCGGUAGCGGUUUCAAAUAGUAGCUUGAGUCCUUUUCCACUAUAUGUGUAUUUAUCAUUAGGUCUAAUUUUGGAUGCCUUGAAUAAAAUUCCAGAAGGGCAAUAAAUUUGAUACAUGAUGCACAGUGGGUUUUACCCAGUAGCAAAGAGAGUUCCAUGUCUGUAUUCAAUCUUUGAUUUAUAAAAUGUAUCUUUUCUGAUGAGCAACUACAACCCUGGACAUUGUCUAUUCAUUACAGCAAGCAAGUGCUGACUUUGCAUGGGAAGCACUUUGAAGCUGAAGGAGGAAAACUAAUGAUGUUCUUUGUAGAUCAGACAUUAUUUACUUGUAUUAUCAAUAAUUGUUUCUUUUAUUGAUGGUAUGAAAGAUGAUGCUCAGUUUUGCAAUGUGAUUGGAUGUGCUAUAGAAGAACAAAGUAUUACCAGCCAGAAGAAAGUUCCUGUAUAAUCAUUUACAAUUCACUAUAUAAUUAACUACACAAAAUAAUUUUUAAAUAUAACCAAUUAAAAAAAAACUUCUGUGGAUGGUAGUGUUUAAUACAUUUUAUAUUUUGUAUAGUGAUGAUUAUAAACCCUUUUUUUGUUAAAAUCAGCUAUCUAGUAUAAUGCUUAGUAUUUUUGUUCUCUGCUCAAAAUUCAUUUUUGUGCACGCGUUUGUGAUGUGUUUAAAAUCUACUUUGCCAACAUUGCAGCCCGAACUUAAGCUUAUUAUUUGAAUAAAUAUUUAAUUUUGUA